ACUCCUAAAAUGCUCUCUCUUCUAUCAUUCUCCAUUGCUGCCCCUCUUUCUUCUUCAUCAGGUUCCCUCUUCCAAAACCCCACCAUAAAGAAACUCUCUCUUUUUCUUUUUCUUUUCUUAUUCAACCUACUAUACCUUUUCCUUUUGCUGUCUGAUCAACAAACUACUUGGCUCACUCACUCACUCACUCACUCACUCUUUUUUCACGCCUAACUUCAUUUUCACUACUUCUUAUUCGAUCUCCUUCCCCAGAACAAGAGCAGCAUCCAUGACGGCCUGUUUUAGCUUCACUGAAUCGCGAGACAGGUGCUACCGGUACAGCUUCUCGCAGGCCGGAUUCCGAUCGUCGACCACGGACCUUGGCGACGGAACGAUCAUGCACUGUUGGAUACCCAAAGCCCACGACGAAACCAAGCGCACGGUGGUGCUGAUUCACGGAAUCGGCGCCAAUGCAAUGUGGCAAUGGAAUUACUUCGCACAGCGGCUACUGCCCCGGUUCAACGUCUACGUGCCGGACCUCCUGUUCUUUGGAGAUUCCUACACGACCCGACCCGAGCGCUCAGAGUCGUUCCAGGCCCGCUGCGUGAUGGGCCUGAUGGAGGCCCAUGGAGUCCGUAGGAUGAGCGUGGCGGGAAUCAGUUACGGGGGUUUUGUAGGCUACAGCAUGGCGGCGCAGUUUAAGGAGAGAGUGGAGAGGAUGGUGCUAUGCUGCGCCGGGGUGUGUUUGGAGGCGGAGGACAUGGACCGCGGACUGUUUAAGGUGAAGAGCGUCCAUGAGGCCACCGGCAUUUUAUUUCCGCAAACGCCGGCUAAACUCAGACAGCUUUUGCACCUCGCCUUCUAUAACCCGCCUAAAGGAGUCCCCUCGUUCUUUCCUUGGUUUCAUGCACAGGUUAUGUGUACAGAAUACAUUCAAGAGAGGAAAGAACUGGUCCAAGCAUUACACAAGGAUAGAAAGCUCUCCGAUCUUCCCAAGAUAACCCAGCCAACAUUAAUAAUCUGGGGAGAACAUGACCAGAUUUUCCCACUGGAAUUGGCACACAGAUUGAAAAGCCAUCUUGGGGAUAAUGCACAGCUGGUAAUCAUUAAGAAGGCAGGGCAUGCAGUCAAUGUGGAGAAACCAAAAGAAAUGUACAGGCAUUUGAAGUCUUUCCUGGUCGAUCCAUUGCCGCCUUCACUUGAGAAAGGAAACCACAGAAAUGGCUGCAAGACAGAUUAAAAGGAAUGGUGAGGGAAAAAAAGGUAUACCGAAAAAAGAAAGACCCGAACAAAGAGAAUUCUAUCUGGUUUUCCUGCUAAUCUAAGUUGAGCCCUUCUUUGCGUGACUUUGUUGUUUUUUGUUGUGGAUCGACAUGAAGAGUUUGGAGUUUGUGACCAAAGCUGUAUUUAAAAUACACGUAAACAAACACUGGAAGCGGGAGGCACCUCUUGCUAAGAUUGAGAUUGAGAUUGCUUUGCUGGUUACAUGCGGAAUCCGAUUCCACAAACCUGACCUCUAGUUUGCUUAUUUCUCAGUGCAAAAUAUUUGGUAUUGUUAGUUGGUCAUGGGCUAAAUUGGCAUGCAGCCAAAUAGUUAAAUUUGGUGAAAGCUCAUUUUGAGAUUCUUGGUGAAGCUGAUUUUUUUAUCCGAGCAGUAUUAUACCCAUGAUUCAUAUGUACUAAUUAAGCUACAGUUUGUUUAGAUAAUUAUGAUUGUUGUAGGAAUCUAUGUGAUUCUUAACAUGGAGGCUAUAUAUAUUUGGUUCAAAUUCAUUCCUAAUGUUUUAUCAUAAUUGUCAUGUAGUCUUGAUAUGGUGCCAGUGGAUUUCUUUAAUGAUUAGUUCAAUUGUCAUGUAGUCAUGUUUUUGAAUUAUUUAAGGAUACGUCUCUGAUUUUUGCGAGCUGAGGAGAAACAGA